UCCAAAAUUGUAUGGGUUGCCUAAAAUCCAUAAACAAGAUGUUCCAUUACGCCCAAUAGUAAGCCAGAUUGACUCACCAACUUAUAAACUGGCUAAAUUUCUUUCAAAGAUAUUAUCACCACUCCGGGGCCACACAAAGUCAUUUGUUAAGGAUUCCUACCAAUUUGUCAAAGAUUUAAAACACCUAAAAUUAAGCGACAAUGACAGUAUGGUCAGUUUCGAUGUACAGUCAUUAUUCACUAGUAUACCUGUUCUUGACUGCAUUGAGAUUGUAAGAGGUAAGUUAAAGGAUAACAAUAUGCCUAUAGAAUAUGCAGAACUAUUAAAGCAUUGCCUAACAUCUGGCUACCUCAUGUGGAAGGAUGAAUUCUACAUACAAGUAGAUGGAGUUGCAAUGGGUUCGCCGGUUUCCCCCGUUGUCGCUGACAUAUUCAUGGAAGACUUCGAGGUGCGAGCCCUUUGCUCUCCUCCUAUAAGACCUUUAAUAUAUAAACGGUAUGUAGAUGACACCUUCACAAUAUUAAAUAAAAAUAAAACAUCUGCUUUUCUGAACCAUCUUAAUUCUAUCAAUAAUAAGAUUCAGUUUACUAUAGAAUUGGAGGCAAAUAAUUCUUUAGCUUUCCUUGAUAUACUUGUCAUUAGGAAUCCUGACAAUACUUUGGGACAUACUGUUUAUAGGAAACCCACACACACGGACAGGUACCUCAACGGUAACUCGCACCACCACCCUAUACAGUUAGCUACCGUUGGCAAAUCUUUGUUACAGAGAGCCCAAUACCUUUGUGAUGCUGACCACCUAGAGGCCGAGCUGCAGCAUGUAAAACAUGCUCUCACCAUCAACAACCUGCCCGUGCCUCGCCAGCAUCGCAAGAACCACCUGAAGCCACCCACAGUUGAACGACAACCUGCGAUACUACCAUAUGUGAAGGGAGUUACUGACAGAAUAGGCAACAUCUUGAAGAAGCGGGUGUAUACAAACUCGACUGUGACUGUGGCUUGUCAUACAUUGGACAGACGAAGAGGAGCAUCGGUACAAGGGUUAAGGAACACAUCUCAGACAUCAAAAACAGGCGCGCGUCGAAGUCAGCAGUGUGUGAACACACAAUGGACAAACCAGGCCACUACAUUCGUUUUGAUAAACCUCAAAUCCUCGCUCGGGAAGACAAGUAUAUACCGAGAUUAAUUCGCGAGGCUAUUGAAAUUAAAAAACAUCCCAAUUUCAAUAGAGAAGAUGGCUGGAAUCUAUCAAACACCUGGGACCCCGUUCUUAAAAAUAUAAAAUCCCAUGUCCGAAACCACACCGCAGGACCUCAAGACACCGUGAGCGCAUUCUGCCGGCAUCCAGAGCGGUACGCCAGAAAAUUAAGAAAUCGAUGGCGGUAGAUGAUAAAUAACAAGGACCAACUGACAGACAUUCACACCUCGUCUGCCCGUGAUCACGGUUGCUGCAAAGUAACCGAAACGUCGGGAUUAUGUAGUUUUUAAAUAAUAAAAUCCGCGUAGUAAAUCCGAAAAA